AUUCUUCCCCGCCCCCAAACGGCGGCGUUUCCCUUUUCCCGUCCUCUAAGCGCCUCGUUUUGUCGUUCCCUCUUUCACCCGCUACACUCGGUGGCUGCUCAAGGAAACGAAUCCACCUGAACAUGGCCGCUCGGAGAUUCUCGGUCACCUGCAACGGCUUCACUUUCGACGUCGAUUAUGACGCCGGUGACGGCUUUCAGGUUUUCAAGUUCCAGCUCUUUUCCCUCACCUCAAUCCCUCCAGACCAGCAAAAGAUCAUCGGAGAAGAUGACGGCUCCGUUAUAUCGGAUGAUUCUGAUCUCUUGUCCUCGUCCGGGAAGCUGAAAUUGGUGUCGAUCGACGACGAAAAACACGAUGAGGAGAGCAGCGCGCGAGGAGAAUCAGGCGAUGAUACCAGUUCUUUCCUCAAAUCCGACGAGGAAUUCGCGCGAAUGCUUCAGGCGGAGGAAGAGGCGUUAAUGCUGCAGCAUGUUGUAGCUACUGAACAGAGUGAGCAGUUUGAAGAGAGGCUGCGGCCAUACGUCGAUAAAGUCCUGCUGUAUGAGGAUCCAGUACGCCAAGAGGCAGCUCAGAAGACGGUUCCUGUCGAUGAGCUUGAGGAGAAGGCAUUGGUUUCUUUGGCCAAGUCUGCAUGUAUUUAUGAUUCAGGGGAAACAACUAUGUCGACCAUGGUUGCAUAAGCAGAGAGCUGCACGGAACUAGAUGCUGAGAGGUUAAGGCUCAUCGAUGAUUUAGGGGAGACAACCUUCUCACCAGCCUUCUACUAACAGACAUUUUCUCUCUCGAAAGGAUUGAUCUGCAUCUCUUCUCUUUGAAGGAAGAUACUUUUGUAACUUGUGUUAUAGCUGUCGUAGGACUUGUAUCCUUCUAUUAGUGAAUGAAUUUUUCUCUCUGUCCUAAUCUUGAUGUGAAGUUUUUCAUUUACUAUGGGUAUUUUGGAGUAAUGUUGAACUCUUCUUAGAAGAAACUUAGUCACCUUGCUAUGCGGUAGCUUUUAUGUUUAGGGCUUCUUCGUUAAGAUCGUUUUGAGGUGAGAAUUUCAAUGAAUGACUAGAACUGCAUAGUUUUUAAGAACGACAAUACUAGUUGCAUGCAUCAAUCGUGUAAACUUAAAUAUUUAAAAGGUCCACAGUAUGCAACUUGGUAAUCCAAACAGUAAAUAUAUUUCAGGAAGGGAGGUUUAAGCCAACAAAGGCUGAGCUAGACCAUGCUUUCCUACUCCAGCUGCUUUUCUGGUUCAAGCAGUCAUUCAGGUGGGUUAACGCUCCUCCUUGUGACUUAUGUGGCAAUACUACUGUUAACCAAGGAAUGGGUGCUCCUCUUCCCUCUGAAACAAAAUAUGGAGGGACUAGAGUUGAACUUUAUCGCUGUGAUUCUUGUUCAACCACCACUCGCUUUCCACGCUACAAUGACCCCUUAAAGCUCUUGGAAACUCGAAGAGGUCGUUGUGGGGAGUGGGCCAACUGCUUUACACUUUAUUGCCGUUCAUUUGGCUAUGAAUCUCGUCUGAUUCUUGAUUUUACUGACCAUGUCUGGACAGAGUGCUACUCCCGAGCUUUGGGAAGAUGGAUGCAUCUCGACCCAUGUGAAGCUGUUUACGAUAAACCACUGCUAUACGAAAAAGGAUGGGGUAAGAAGUUGAAUUAUGUAAUUGCAUUUUCAAACGAUGGAGUUCGUGACGUGACUAAGCGUUACACUAGGAAGUGGCUGGAGGUUUUGUCCAGGCGGAACAUCACCACCGAGCCGGUUGUAUCUGCUGCCGUCACCAAACUGACAAAUGAAUGCCGACGGAACUUCACAUCUUUAGCACUAUCCGUCCUCCAAGAUCGUGAUAACAAUGAGUCUGAGGAACUUGACAGAGAUUUACUUUCUCAAGACGAAGACUAUUCCUCUGUCUCAUUACCUGGAAGACAAAGUGGGGACAAGGAAUGGCGCCUUUCUAGAUCAGAAACCGCGCCUGACUCUAACGACUCUCUAAGCACUUCUUCCUGUCCAACUCGCACGUGCAUAGAUAAGCACGUGACGAGGGUUCACAAUGCAAUUGCCCGUCUACUAUCUCUAUGUGUUGAGAAUUCGGUUCCUCGGUACAGGGUCUCCGAGAUAUCAAAUAUAUUCAGGAAGAUGCUGGUGGAUGUCAGGAGUUCUUCGCAUAAGGCGAGGAGAGUUGUCGUUAAUCCAUUUAUCAUGCUUUUGUUCCCAUACUUUGACGAGUUGCUCCGUGCUCUGUCUCUGAAGUUCGAGAUAGGUGGUUACGGUAGAGUGGAGGUGUGUCUAGCUGGAGAGCCUGUGUUUACAUCAUUGUCAUUGCCCGUCGUUUUGGAUGCACUGGAAGAUCUUAUUAACUCUCUGAACAAGAUCAAUAGUUUAGACGGAGAUUCCCUUUCUUUGCCGCUUAUAAAAUCAAAUCGGAUUCAUUCGGGAAUGGUGGUUGCAAGUGGCGAAGAACUACCUUUUGGAAUUGCGACCUCGGCGUUUGAUGGAUUACGAGCUUCCAAAUGGGAGGAACCAAACGGUUCAAAAGGUGGAUGGAUCUUGUACAGACUAAAAGACGGCAUGGCAUGUGAAUUAGCGGCUUAUGAGAUAACGUCUGCCAACGAUGCCCCGGAGAGGGAUCCAAUGGAUUGGGUUGUAGAAGGAAGCACUGAUGGUGGAUCCAACUGGUACAUUUUGGACAAACGAGCUUCCCAGGUGUUCGAAGAUCGAUUUCAGUGUCGAUCAUUCGAAGUUCAGCGACAAGGUCUUUGCUGCAAUGUCUUCAGGUUCCGGUUUCUGGCAGUGAAAGAUAUUCAAUCUACUUCCCGGCUGCAACUGUGUAGUAUCAACCUGUAUACACGGGGCCAGUUAUCGCUUGAACUCUCUGAUUUUGAAGUCAUUGAUUAGGGCAAAACCCCACACAUGUUUCAUAUGUAUUUCAACAUCUGUAGCAUCGGCAUUCAUUUUUAUUAGGUAAAUGCUAUUUAUUAGUCUUCAAACAUCAGGAACUUUGAUGGGUGUUUUGGUCUGUACUUCAUUAUGCAUGAACAACGAAAAGAAAUGAGCUGGAUAAUAUGUGUUAGUAAGAAAACAAUGGAAAUCGAGGUUACUGAAAUCUCUCGCUGAGUCGCUGAUUAGGUAUGCCUAUUU